AUGCCUUACUUCAGACUCCAGCUCGUGCGUUCCGCUAUUGGCUUGCCAGCCAAGACCACUAGAGUCCUGAAGUCACUCGGCUUGAGAAAGCGUAUGUCCAUCGCAUACAAACCCGUCUCCAGUGCCGCCGUUGGUGCGAUCUUGAAGGUGAAGGAGUUGGUGACGGUCGAGGAGGCGGAGAGGCCGAUGACGAUUCAGGAGAUUAGGAAGGCGAGGAGUCCGCCGAAGGGGUAUGAGGUUGAGGAAGUUGCGCAGUGGAAAUAA